UGGCCUCAAACUGCAGCUCCAGUCUGGGUCUCUGUCCACUCACAGCGUGGCUUCAGGACCUCGGGUUGCUUUGGUGGACAGUGGGUAGGGACAGAGGCUCUCAAACGCCUUGAUCUCUCCGCCCAUGCUCCUGCACGGAAAAACAAAACAGGCUUGCGAGAUCCUGCAGCGUCCGAAGACAUCACUGCGCGGAACGUCACCUCGCUCAGGGUUUGAGGCGGGGGAGGGAGGAGAGCGCACCGGACGGAGGAGGACGAUGGUUCAGCGAGGGCUGAGCUGGAAGGGGUUCUCCGCUCGUCCGGCCGCCGCCUUUGCGUGGCUGCCUCCCUGGCUGUUCAGCGCUUCGGGGGUGGCGGCCGUGCGGCCGAGCAGGGGAUGCGCUUACAUAACCGCUCGCCGGGUCCUGCUGCCUCGCGCUCUCGGGAGCCGCGGUCGGGGCGCGCCGCGGGACCGUGAUGCUGCCAGGACGAGCAUGGCAGGGCCCGGGCCGGCCCGGCAGGCGGAGGAGUGCGAGCAGCGACGGGAGGAGGCCGCCGGUGGCGGGGGAGGUGAAGGCCGGCCUGCCACUCCUCCUGCUAUGAUGCCUGGGCAGAUCCCAGACCCUUCAGUGACCGCAGGUUCUCUACCAGGGCUCGGCCCCCUCACCGGACUUCCCAGCUCUGCUCUGACCACAGAGGAGCUGAAAUACGCUGACAUCCGCAACAUUGGGGCCAUGAUUGCACCCUUGCACUUCCUGGAGGUGAAACUGGGCAAGAGGCCCCAACCCGUGAAGAGUGAGCUAGACGAGGAAGAAGAGCGAAGGAAAAGGCGCCGAGAGAAGAACAAAGUGGCCGCAGCCAGAUGCCGGAACAAGAAGAAGGAACGCACGGAGUUUCUGCAAAGGGAGUCAGAGCGGCUGGAGCUCAUGAACGCCGAGCUGAAGACCCAGAUAGAGGAGCUGAAGCUGGAGCGGCAACAGCUUAUCCUGAUGCUCAAUCGCCACCGCCCCACCUGCAUCGUGCGCACAGACAGCGUCAGGACACCCGAGUCAGAAGGCAACCCGCUGCUGGAGCAGCUGGACAAAAAGUGACUGAAGACUUGGAGGAGGCUUCAGAGGAUGGGGAGGGGGGACGGCAGAAGGAGAAGAGGUGAUGGAGGUCUCCCCCUGGGCGCAUGACAAACUCUACCAUGAGGCUUGGCAUAACUGGCCUCCAGCCGGCUCCUUUCUGAAACUCAGCCCAGCCACGCGAGAGCAAGAGCAGACUGAAGAAACCAGAGGGACCAAGCGACAAGACCAAAGUUGACCCGCAGGUAGGGGCUGUCCCACUCCAAGGCCCAGCUUGAAGGGUACCUCAGCCAGAGAGAUGCCCAGCCAGGUAGCCUCCUCAGGCGCUCCUCUGGCCUCUCUGCCGAGACCCCCCCACCCAAAGGACUACCGAGCAGCCGAGAAAAGCCAUGCGUCCCAACACACGGUGUGGCCAAGGAUGGAACUCAGUGUGGACUGCAAUCCACCCUCCCCAGCCCUGCCCAAGCCCGGUGGAAAGGGGUGCACUGCGGGCGGGGCUGUGAUGGCCCUGCUGGAGUUUGCUGUGGCACUGAGGCGCGGGCGCCCUCCCAAAGCACACAGUCGAUGAAUGUUUACAGACUGGCUGUCCUGGCGGGGCUUCCAACUGCACACCUUUUUUUUAUACUUUCUUUUUUUUUUUUUAAUAUUUUUUACAAAAAAAAGAUUUUAUACGAGCAAUAUAUAUAUGGAUUUCUAUAAUCACUCGAUUGACACAGUACAAAUACGCUAUGGUCUGUCGUUAAGGACAUCCACCCUCCGGGUACAGCCGUUGUAAUUCCUAAGUACUGUAGGCUCUGGGUGUUGAGGGGUGGUGGCCAGGCGGUGGGGGUGCAUUUGCAUCCUUGUAAACCCUUCCUAGUACUCAGUCCUGUAUCGCUCAGUAAACAUUGCUCUAA